GUUCUGCUGGUUAUUUCUUUAUUGCCACGUCCUUGCAUUAACGCCCUCCUUGAGUCCUGUACCGCCAAUUUUUCAGGAAACACGAGAAGUAAUGUCCAAGGAGCUGGAGUCUAGCCAGGCCACUCAGGAUCUCAACCUCGAGAAGACUCAGCACCAUGUCGUCCAGCGCAGUCAUUGGCGCUCCGUCUGCAUCAUUGCGACAUGCACUGCUGCAAUGGCGGUCAAUACCACUAAUUCCAGUUCUAUCUCUAUAUCGCUCCCAACUAUUGAAAAGGACUUAAAUAUGAAGGAAGAAGAGCUGCAGUGGCUCGUAUCUGCAUAUUCGCUCAGCUCGGGCUGCCUUCUCUUGUUCUUUGGCAGGCUGGCGGAUAUCUAUGGUCGAAAAACGGCGUUCAUGAUCGGUACGAUCUGUCAGGUUGCAUUUUCUCUUGGUUGUAGUUUUGCACAGAAUGGUACCACCCUCGUCGUUUUGCGCGCCUUUCAAGGCCUUGGUGCCGCCGCUACAAUUCCGUCUGCACUCGGUAUCCUGGCACAUGCGUUCCCUCCAUCUAGGAUGCGUUCAAUAGCAUUUGCAACUUUUGCAGCGGGUGCUCCUGUGGGCGGCGCAUUUGGUAUGAUCAUCGGCGGUGUUCUUACACAACUGUCCUCGACCCAUUGGCGGUCCACAUUCUAUUUGGUUGCAGCGAUGUCUGCUCUAGCUGGUGUUUCCGGUAUGAUUUCGUUCGAUGCCGAUGUUACCUCGAUCGAAGCUGUCGACUGGAUCGGCGCCUCCCUCGUCACCAUUGGUUUGGUCCUGAUUGUAUUUGUACUUGGUCAAGGGGAAGUUGCUUCUCAAGGCUGGAAAACUCCGUAUAUUAUUGCGCUUCUAAUCGUCGGCGUUUUCAUGGUCUCGCUGUUCUUGCUUUGGGAGCGAUACUUGGAGCAAAUUAGUGAUGAUCCAUCAAUGACACCGUCCGCAUGGACGCCACCGCCAUUGAUGAGACUCUCACUUUGGACACGAGCCAAGGGCCGGAUGGCCAUUAUCCUUGUGAUCGCAUUCUUAAAUUGGAGUGCCUUCAUUAGCUGGAGCUUCUGGGUUCAGCUGUAUUACCAGAACUACCUGUUGCUCACACCGAUACAAACGAUGAUCCGGUUCAUUCCAUUGUUCGUUGUCGGCUGUUUGUGCAACGUUUUUGUUGCAAUGUUUGUUGGCAAAUUGCCUUUGGUCGUCUUUGCAGUCAGUGGAACGCUAGUGACAGCACUGGCCGCCAUCCUCUUUGCGUUGAUUGAUCCGUCUGCGACGUAUUGGGCCUUUGGCUUCCCGUCCACGGUUCUCGUCGUGUUCGGCGCUGAUUUUGUGUUUUCCUCUGGCACAAUUUUCAUCGCCAAAAAUGCGCUUCCACACGAGCGCAGCGUGGCCGGAGCGCUGUUUCAAACUAUGACGCAGGUUGGCACUGCAGUCGGUCUCACUGUAUCUACGCUUGUGUUUAACAUCGUGGUCAAAAACGAGGCUGCUGACGUUGGUGUUGCCGUCAACUCUGCUGGCACCAACGCGCCGCAGUCCGCACAGCUUAAGGGGUAUAGAUCUGCGCAAUGGACGGGCGCUUCGUUUGCGCUUAUGGCGGCACUGCUGGCAGCGCUUUUCCUCCGUGGUGUUGGGAUUGUCGGAGACAAGAAAACUAUCAAGCAUGAUGACCAAAGCCCUAAGGCCUGAGCACACGCACCCCCUUCUCAAUCGUACUCCAUUCCCGAAUCGAACCCUAAUUCAACAUCAGAGGGAAUCGUCUUCUGUCACUAAUUCUUCAUACCACCUUACACUCAUUACCACUGGCAUUACAACUCUCUAGCAAUUUUCUGUCGUUUCGUUGCUUACCUGUAGGGCGUGACCCCCUGCUUUUCUUGAUUUUGUGCGGUAUGUAUACCUACAACUUGAAGUACCAGAUUGAUGAUAAACUCAUACAUCCUAACUUGCAGCGGUUGCAUGGCAAUUCUUUUGUUCCCUCCCCGUACUCCAUGACAAGACAUCGACCUACAAGUGUUUUCGUAGUAUUGCACGUAGAAUGGAAUUCAGUAUGGUUUGGUGUUCUUACGUGGUGAGCCGCGAGCACGAGACUCGUGUCGUGCCUUCUCCCCUUGAUUCCCACGGCAUGCG